CAAUUAAUAUAAAAUAAAUACUGAUAAAAUUGAUAUUUAACGAUGAGUAGUAUAACAAAAAUUGCAUUUGAAGUACAAUUGUAUAAUACAACAAACUUUUAUAUAGGGUUAAGUUUAGCAAUUAGUUCUAGUAUUUUUAUAGGAGCUAGUUUUAUUAUUAAAAAAAAAGCAUUGAUUCGACUUCAAAGACGCGGAGCACUACGAGCUUCAUCCGGAGGAUUUGGAUAUUUAAAAGAAUGGAUGUGGUGGACUGGUUUUCUAUCAAUGGGAAUAGGAGAAGCAGCAAAUUUUGCUGCUUAUGCAUUUGCACCGGCAUCAUUAGUAACCCCUUUAGGAGCACUUAGUGUUUUAAUAUCUGCAAUAUUAGCAUCAAAAUAUCUACAUGAAAAACUUAAUUUGCUAGGAAAGAUUGGUUGCCUUUUAUGCAUCUUGGGUUCUACAGUUCUUGUAAUUCAUUCUCCAAAGGAAGAAGAAAUUAGUACAUUAAAUGAGCUUGUAGAUAAGGUUAAGGAUCCAGGAUAUAUUGUUUAUAUAUUGACUGUGAUAAUAUGCAGUAUUUUAAUUAUUUUUUAUUUUGGUCCUAUAUAUGGAAAACAAAAUAUCAUAGUAUAUAUUUGUUUAUGUUCAUCUAUUGGUUCAUUGACUGUUACAAGUUGUAAAGGAUUGGGAUUAGCUUUAAAAGAAACUAUUUUUGGAUUUAGUAAUGGAUUUUCAAAUUGGUUAACAUGGGCUUUUUUAUUUAGUGUUAUACUUUGUGUUAGCAUACAAAUGAAUUAUUUAAAUAGAUCACUUGAUUUAUUUGAAACUACAAUUGUUACACCUAUUUAUUAUGUAUUUUUCACAACAUUAGUAAUAAUCGCAUCUGCUAUAUUAUUUAAGGAAUGGGAAAAUAUGAGUGCUGAAGAUAUUUUAGGCUCAUUUUGUGGUUUUUUAACUAUAAUAAUUGCAAUAUUUCUGUUAAAUGCAUUUAAAGAAAUGGAUAUAUCUUAUGAAAAUAUUAGACGUAUGUUACAACCUAAACGAAAAUUAUUCAUAAAUAAUAUUAAUCAAUGGAAUAACAGAGAUGAGGAAAGAUUAAUAACUAGACUGGAAACAGAAUUAAAUCAUACAUAUGGAGCUCAAGCUUUAACAAGAACUAUAUAAUUCUAUAAAUAUAUAAAUAUAUAAAAUAUAUAAAAUAUAAAAAUAUGAA